AUGGCAGAGCUGUCAGAGAACUGGCGGCCGCAGCAGCUGCUGCAGUCCUUCUGCAGCCAAGCCGCAUCCGUGACUGUGCUGCGUCUCAGCAGACCAGCAGCAGCAGGUGCAGCAGGUGCAGCAGCAGCAGAUGCAACAGCAGCAGAUGCAGCAGCAGCAGAUGCAGCAGCAGCAGAUGCAGCAGCAGCAGAUGCAGCAGCAGCAGAGCCACUGGACGUUCUUCUUUCCCUGUACGGGGACUCUCUGUGCUGCGCUUUGCUGCCUGAGUCUGCGCGAGCAGCUGCAGCAGCAGACGCCGCAGCAGCAGCAGCAGCAUCACCGGAAGCAGCAGCACCGGCAGCAGCAGCAGCAGCAGCAGCAGCCGAGCUGCCUCCCUACCUGCUGCAGCAAUUCUGGGGCCCUCUGCGGCUGACAGACGAAGCAGUUGACGAGCCUGUUGCAGCAUUUGCUGCUUGCCCCCUAGUACCCAGCAACAGCAGCAGCAGCAAAAGCAGCAGCAGCAGCAACAGCAGCAGCAGCAAAAAAAAGCGCAAAGAGGCAAGAGAGGCAAGCCCCUCUCUUGCUCUGGUGCUGACUUGUGGGGCCAGCGGGCUGCUGCGGCUGCUGCUUCUGAGCCUCAAGCCGCUGCAGCAGCAGCAGCAGGAGCAAGAGCCGCAGCAGCAGCAGCGGCAGCAGCAGCAAGAUCCUGCCCUGCUUAUUGCAGCGCAGCGGCUUGGCAGCAGCAGCGGCAGCAGCAGCAGCAGCAGCACCGAUGGCAGCUUCCAGCCCUGGGCACGCCUGCAGCAGCUGCAGAAGUGGAAGGGAGCUUCGAGUGUUGCUCGCGUUGUCGCUAUUUCAGAGCCUCUAGCUGUAUUUGACUCAGCAGCAGCAGCAGCUGCUGCUGCAGCAGCAGCAAGUGGUGCAGCAGCAGCAGCAGCAAGGCCAGUGCGCGUUGCUGCAGUUGGCUGCAUCGGGGGCGAAGUCGAGCUGCUGCUGCUGCAGCAAACAGCAGCAAUUCCUUGCUGCUCGCUGAAGCAUCCAGCCUCAAUUACAACUCUCAAGUUUCACUCCACAAGGGCCUUGCUGGCUGUGGGGGCUGCUGACGGUCUGCUGCGGGUGUACGAUGUGUCGUUUGCUGCUGCUGCUGUAGCAGCAGCAGCAGCAGCAGGUUCUGCAGCAGCAAUAGCAGCAGAACAUGUCCCCUACAUUACCCUAAGUGACCACAUGAGCAGCAUCACUGCGCUUUCUUUCCUCAGUGCUGCUGCUGCUGCUGCGCUGCAGCAGCAGCAGCAGCAGCAGCGGAGGCACAAGGCUGAGCAGGAGGCUCGCAAAAAACCAACAGCAGCAGCAGCAGCAGCAGCAGCUUUUGAUGACUGUUUAGUGUCUGCUGCUAAAGACUCUCUGAUUAAUGUUUGGGCGCUGAGGCCCCUUUCGCACACAGCGGGGCUGCUGCUGCUGCCGCAGCAGCAGCAGCAGCAGCAGCACGACGAGCAGCAGCUGGUGCAGCAAAUCAAGAAGAGCGCACUGCAGCUCCAGAAGCGGCUGCAGUUCCACCAGCAGCAGCAGCAGCAGCGGCAGCUGCUGCUGCUGCAGCUGCCAACAAUAGAAACCAUAACAGCACUUGCUGCUGAUGCAGCAGCACCGCUGCUGCUCUCAGGGGGCUCUGAGGGCCUCGUGAAGCUGUGGGAUUUGAGGAAGAGACAACCAGUCAAGGUGAUGACAACAACAACAACAGCUUCUGCAGGGGCCUCUUCUGCAAGCGAAGAGGACCUGGGGGCUUUUAUCCGCACGCUGCUGCUGCUGCCCGCAAGCAGCAGCAGCAGCAGCAGCAACAGCAGCAGCAGCAGCAGCAGCAGCAGCACGCUGCUGAUUGCCCAGGACUCCGGCGUUAUAUCUCUCGUGUCUCCGCUGCCAGGCCUUGCUGCGCUGAGCGCGGAGGGAGGAGCAGCAGCAGCAGGACGCACAGCAGCAGCAGCAGCAGCAGCAGCAAGCAGCAGCAAAACAACAGCAGUGUGUCUCCUCGGGCGCCUAGAUGGGACCUUCGCCUGCCGCUGGCUGCCACAGCCCCCUAAUGGCUGCUGCUGCUCCUUUUGCUGCUGCAGCAAACGCAGGCAAAAACACUACUCCUCCAGCUAUCCCGGGCGGCUUCUGGUGCUGACGGGCGACAGCUGCUGCUGGCAGUUGGAUUUGUCUCAGGGGUCUUUUGGGGCUUUUCCUGUUGCUGCUGAUUUGCUGAAGUUUGGCCAAGUUGAACAGCAGCAGCAGCAGCAGCAGCAGCAGCAAACUCAGGCAGCCGCGGUCUCGUGCUGCGACGUCUCGAAGAAUGGCUGCUGGAUUGUAACUGGAGGAAGAGAUGGCUCGCUGAGGGUUUGGCAUUCCGAAGCAAAUCGGCUUUUGCUGCUGAUUGAAAAAGCCCACGAGGGCUGCGUCACUGCAGUGGCCUUCCAAAGAAAGAACUGGCCGAAGGCAAGCCCCGUGGUGCGUCAGCCUCCCCAGCAGCAGCAGCAGCAGCAGGAGCAGCAGCAGCAGCAGCAGCAGCUGGACUGUUUGUGUGAUUGCCGAGGCCUCUCGCCAGCAGCACCUCAAACCCUUUCUUUCAUUUCCUGCUGCGACAAAAACAGUUUGCGGCUGUGGCGGGUGGAAGUGCCCGCUGAGUUUAUCUUGGGCAGCAGCAGCAGCAGCAGCAGCAGCAGCAGCAAGCCCCAAGUUAGCUACGAGUGCAUCUCCACCAUUGUCGCCCACAAGAAGGAAAUUAAUGACCUUAAAUUCGCCCCCAACGACUCCCUGGUGGGGACUGCGAGCGCGGACAAGACUUGUUUGCUGCUGCUGCUGCCGACGUUAGCUGCUGCUGGCGAGCUGCGGGGCCACCGGCGAGGAGUUCAAGAAAUUCAAUUUUUAAAAAGAGAAAAAGCAGCAGCAACAGCUUCUCUAGACGCCACUGUGCGUCUCUGGAGCCUUGCUUCCUUCGCCUGCCUCAAGACCCUCCAGGGGGACAGCGGCUUCUUGAGUUUGCGGCUGCUGCCUCUGGAGACGCAGCUGCUGGCUUUUGCUGCUGACGGCUCUGCCCGCCUCUUCAACUGCCGCACCGCCGACUGCGCAGCGCAGCUGCCGCCACUCCACACUGACAAGGUGUGGGCGUUGGACCUGUGGGGCUGCGCCGCGGCCUCUGCGGGGGCCGAUGGGCGUCUUUGUGUCUGGCGAGAUGUUACUAGAGAAGCAGCAGCAGCAAAAAAGCUGGAGGCGCUGGAGGAGCAGCAGCAGCUUGCUGCAGUGCAGCAGCUGGAGGCUAUGGGCCGCAGCAGCGACGUGCUGCGGCUGCUGCUGCGGCUGCGGAAGAAGCAUCUUGCUGCUGCUUUUAUAAAGCGGCAAUUAGUUGCUGCUGCUUCCAGGUGUCUAGACACCCGAGUUCCUGCUGCACUGGCGCGGCGGGCGGACGCGCGCGGGCUGCUGCAGCUGCUGCUGGAGCAGCAGCAGCUGCAGCAGCUGCAGCAGCAGCAGCAGCGGGAGCUGCAGCGGACGCUACAGCAGCAGCUGCAGCGGCAGCAGCAGCAGCCGCCGCAGGGAGCCUGCGAAGAGACCGACUGGGGGGCCCUCGUCGGGUGUCUGGACACCUCAGAAGCAAAAACGCUUUUAGGGUUUGCUGCAGAAUGGGCAGCAGCACCAGCAACAGCAGCAGCAGCUCACGGGCUGCUGCACUUGCUGCUGCGCAGCAGGAGCCUGGACGCCCUCCUCAGCAGCAGCAGCAGCAGCAGCAACAGCAAGGAACUGUGGGGCAAGAGGCUGAGCAUUGGGGGAAAGCCAGCAGCAGAAGUGCUGCAGGUGCUGCUGCUGCUGGCAAACAGACAAGAGCGCCGCGUUGCUGCUCUUCUUGAAAAGUCUUAUCUUUUGGAUUUGCUGCUGCCCACUGCUUCCGUGGUGCAGCAGGAGCUGCAGCAGCUGCUGCAGCCCCUCCAGCAGCAGCACCAGCAAAGGAAGCAGAAAGAAACAGCAGCAGCAGCAGCGGCCGCUGCAGAGGAACCGGGCGGCAAGAAGAAGAAAAGGAAGCUGCAGCAGCAGCAAGAGCAGCAGCAGCAGGAACAGCAGCAGCAGCAGCAGCAAGAGCAGCAGCAGCAGCAGCAGCAGCUGCUGCUGCUGAGCGCUGAGGCUCUGGAGCCGCAUUUUGCUGCUGAGUUCACGCAGCGCUGCCUCUAUGGGGAGCUGCAGCUUUAA